UCUAUAUAUACUGGGGUGUAGCCGGUAAUAGGGCACAGUCAAGUCCAGCUCUCAAGACAAGACACCAUCUAACAAUGAACGGUUUGAUCAUCGCCCUUGCCACCCUUUCCGUUGCUUUCGCAGCCCCCAGCGGUGUUCUCCUGGGAGGACAUGGUUUGGGACUGGGAGGACAUGGUUUGGGAUUGGGAGGAAUCGGCCUUGUUGGCCCUUCAGCCCUUGGCGUGUCCGUUGUUGGCCCUGCAGCCCAUGGAGUCUCAUUGGUGGGCCCCUCCACCCAUGGAGCCGCUGUUGUAGGACCUUCCACUCUUGGAGCCACCGUUGUUGGACCUAGCGCAGGCCCUGCUGCCGUUAUUGGCGCUAGUGCCGGACAUUCAGCUAUCAUUGGCGCUUCUGCCCAUGGAGCUGCUCUUGUUGGACCCUCCCUUGGACUCGGAGUUGGACUUGGCCACGGACUGGGAUUGGGAAUUGGCGGCCUUGCCCAUGGAGUGACCGUUGCCGGACCACCCACUGUUCCCGCCACCAUCACUGGACCAUCCGGAACUGUGCACGCCGCUGGUUUGUGGGGCCCAACCCUUGCUCACGGCCAUGGUGGGCAUUGGUAAUUCGCCCCCGUAAGCCCGACCAUCCAAUGCCCAGCGGUUAAUCAUCCGGCAACAUACUGGGAAGCUCAAGCAACUUUGUAGGUGUAUUGCCGGAUGUUUUUACCGCUUUGGGUUCAGUCUGAUUAGUUUGCUGUGUGACCUGUUGUGUACUGCCUCUGGUUCAUUAUAUGUUCUGUAUAUUUUGUACCAUACUACCUUUGUAAGAUAGCAAUUGCGUUCAAUAAAGAACUAUUAUUGACAA